AUUGCGUAGCGUUAUUUGUUUGUUGUUUCCGUGUUCUUGGUUGUGAAACCCCGAUUGUAGAGUUCGAUAAUAAGUGGGAUGUAUUUGUAAGAAAGCUGAGGAAGGUUGUUUCAUAUUGCACUUGUAUGUGCCCAUUGUUUAAUUAAGAAACAGACGUCUGAAUAAGAGAAAUGGCUGAGGAUUUUGAUGUUGAAGCUAUGCUGGAAGCCCCAUAUAAGAAAGGAGAUGAUGGGUCGAGCAGCAAGACGGCCUUGCAGCGGGAGAAUGGGACAUCGAACAGUCACAAAUCAUCUGGGAAGAGCAAGCACCGCAGCCGAUCUCGUGAACGGCGACGCAGUAGAAGCCGGUCCCAUCACCGUGAGCGGGAUCGUCAUCGUGAGAAGGACCGUUCAGAGCGUCGGCGCAGUAGGAGUAGGUCCCAUCAUCGUGAGCGACAUGGUGAACGGCGAAGGAGUAAAGAGAGGGAUAGAGAACAUCGUUCUCGAGACAUAGAAAGGGAGAGAACACAGCGUAAGAAGAAAUCUCUCUCCCCUAUCCUGCUACCACGUCCUCGGGAAAAGUUCCCUUUUAAGAAAGGAUCCCCACCUCUUGGGCUGAGGCCAGUAGAUGAGCUUUCUCCUGAGGAACGAGAUGCCCGAACAGUAUUUUGUAUGCAGUUGUCCCAGAGAAUUAGGGCCAGAGAUCUGGAGGAAUUCUUUUCUUCUGUUGGGAAGGUUCGGGAUGUUAGAUUAAUCACAUGUAACAAGACCAGGAGGUUCAAAGGAAUUGCUUAUGUGGAGUUCAAGGAUCCAGAAUCUGUGCCUCUGGCGUUGGGAUUGGCAGGUCAGAAGUUGCUUGGGAUCCCCAUCAUUGUUCAACAUACACAAGCUGAGAAGAACCGUGCAGGCAAUUCAAUGCCUAAUAUGGUGAUUCCAAAGGGUAACAGUGGGCCCAUGAGGCUGUAUGUUGGGUCAUUACAUUUUAACAUCACAGAAGAUAUGCUGCGUGGAAUCUUUGAACCGUUUGGAAAAAUAGACAACAUUCAGCUUAUUAUGGAUCCAGAAACAGGACGCUCCAAGGGCUACGGCUUCCUCACAUUCCAUAAUGCAGAUGAUGCAAAAAAGGCUCUGGAACAGCUGAACGGAUUUGAGCUGGCAGGACGUCCGAUGAAAGUUGGAAAUGUAACAGAGCGUUCUGACUCAGCGCAGGGUCCUUCAAUUCUGGAUAGCGAUGAACUGGACAGGACUGGUAUUGAUCUAGGUGCCACAGGUCGCUUGCAGCUAAUGUUUAAACUUGCAGAAGGCACUGGUCUACAAAUACCUCAGGCAGCAGCAACUGCAUUAAAUCUUAACCCUGCAGGAAGUUUACCAAUCCAGCAACCAACACCUCCCAUAGCUACACAGUGCUUCAUGCUGGCCAAUAUGUUUGACCCUGCCACGGAAACAAACCCAACUUGGGAUGUGGAAAUCCGUGAUGAUGUAAUUGAGGAAUGCAAUAAGCAUGGAGGAGUCCUUCAUGUGUAUGUAGAUAAAGCUUCACCCCAGGGAAAUGUGUAUGUGAAAUGUCCAUCAAUAGCCACAGCUGUAGCGGCUGUUAAUUCACUACAUGGUCGAUGGUUUGCUGGGCGAGUUAUUACAGCAGCUUAUGUACCCCUCAUUAAUUAUCACAGUUUAUUUCCUGAUGCAAUGACGGCACAACAACUUCUUAUGCCAUCAGCAGCCCGCAGAGGACUUUGAGGGUGUUUUGGAUUGAAGAGCAGAUCAUUGUAAAUCCCAAAUCCAGUGAUGGAACCCAUCUCAUCAUGCCAUUCCUACAUGCAGAAUUGGAUGCCAUAUAAAGACACUAGAAACAUCGUGAACUGGAUUGGACCACAUCCUUGUUUGCACAUUUCAGAACAGCUGUAUGUUGCGCCAUGUCUACAUUUUUAAACCCAUGUACAAAUUUGUGGACCUGCUGAUUCACCUUUCUUUUCUCCCAAUUAAAUAAGUAAACUGGGUUAUGUAUGAAAUGCUAAUAAUAUCUUUUACAAACUUUCAAUUUGAACAAAUAGAUAUAAAGUUUUUAGUGUCUUAUAAUUUAAACAUACAAGACUGAUGUUUCAGAAUGAGAAUACACUUUGCUGCUGCAGAUGUACUGUAAAUCUUGGUGAAUGUAGUGGCGUUAUGUGUGAUGACAGUGUAAGGGUAAUCAAAUUGCAGAGUGAAAUUAUGCUUCAAGUUUUUUUUUAUAUAUAUAUAAGUGCUGUGUUGAUUUUCCUUUCUGUGGAUUGUAACUUUUCAUUCUCAUUUUUUACUUUCCACAUUAAAGAAAAGGCAACUGCAGUAUAAUCACUUCUGUGAUUCUUACACAGGACCUACAUUAAGCUGAGUUCAUGGAUGUAUAUUUGUUUGAUAAAUAAAUCUGUUUCCAUAAGUGG